AUGUCGAGAAAUUCAGCUGCCUUCUUUGGCGACGACGUCAACUCGCUUCCGCUCCACAACGAUCCCCACGUCGGUAUCAACAUGUCGGGCCUCGACGCUUUGGGUGCCCAACAUCCCAGCAUGGCUGCCAACAAUCCGUAUCCUCCCAGUCCCUCCUCGAUACGCUCGCCGCACUCAUCUCACGGUCACGCCUCUUCCUCGACUAAAUACACACACCCCGCCAAUUCCAGCGCAACCCCGGCCGCGGCCAACUACACUUCGCCACGCCUCCACCAUUCACAAGCAGCCACGUUCAGCCUGACGGAUGCUUCUGGUGUAUCGGAGCGAUAUUCCUUUGACAAUCAGCAGCAGCAGCAACAUCAUCAUCAGCAUCUCGCUUCCCAACCAGCCUACCGCAACGAUGCCCUGGGUCGUUCACUUUCCAUGGGCCAUGGCUCGCAGGCCAGUCAGUCAAGAUCCGCCUCUCAUGCCUCCGUCGCCGGCUCCUCCAUGUAUCUCUCUCCGCAAUCAGGUACAAACCAAGCCACUGCCUCCAGCUCUUCACCGAGCCACACCAGCAGCGGCGGCACUGCAACCCAUCUAUCAUCCCUAUCGCCCACCGGCAUGCGACACAGCAGCUUCAUCAGCAGCAGUAGCAGCAGCGGCGGCGCUGGCGCCCGUGGCGGCAGUACAACCGCCAAUUCACCUCAUAGCUCCUACACUGGCCUUCCCAGCCUCUCUUCCGGCUCAUCGCAUCCUGCCAGCCUACUUCCCGCCCCACAGAUGCUUACCAGUCCUUACAGCAAUCACAGCAGUCGUCGAUCCUCGAAUGCCAUGGACACAUCUGGCUCCUCAAUACGUGACGCCGCCUCGACGAAUCCGUAUAGCCCCAACACAUCCCACUCGAGCCGCUUCACCAGCAGCAACGCAACCGCCGCUGCUUCCGCGCCCAGAACCGGUAGCCAUGAUUCAUCCAACCUGAUGGAUGUCAGCUCUCCACGCGAGACCGCCAGGUCGCCCCGUCAGCUUACUCACCGUUCCUCUCAGCAACAGCUCUCGCAUCAGUAUGCUACCUCCGGCGCCGCUGGCCUCGGCGAUCUCUCUGAUACUCUGCCAUACGCCUACCAUUCCACUCAGAAUCACGCCCAGCAGUCUGCUCCAUCCUCGUAUCUCUCCUCCAACGCGCGCCCGUCUGGUGGCUAUGCAACCUCAUCGCAGGCGGCUGGCGCACUGUGGCCGUCCGGCGACCCCGCCUCAGGCCGCGCCAGCAUGAUCCUCGACCCAGCAUCUCGUGACAGAUCGGGCGACAGCACCUCGCACAACUCGGCCAUCUAUGGCGACGGCACCUCUUUUGCACAGCAUGGCUUGGGCAUCGGCUCGGUUGGCAAUAUGACCACUGCGUCCGACAACUCGAGAACAAGCUCAGCGCGACGCGAGCUGGCCUCCUCGGGACGCCCCUCUCGUCGCAGCCAAGGUUUCCGUCGUGUGCGCGACUUUGACGAUCUGCGACCCGUCAUUGACAAAAGCGUGGCAGCAGCAUCGGGUGCCGCUGCUGUCUCGGACGGCAAAGCAGCGACAGCAGCAGCACGCGCCACGUCGCGGCGUGCUGAUCCAGCAGGCGGCUUUGUGAGCCCGCUCAAGGCUUUGACCGCGUACCUGCAUCACACCUACCACCUUGUCAAUCCAGCCUUCUUUUACGAGCUCAGCUUCAACCCACGACGAGUGCUCACCAAACCUAGCAAGCCCGUCCAGAACGAGGGCAGGGAUAAUGAGGAGAGCGACUACAUUCUCUACGUCAACGAUUGGCUUGGAACCGAAGAGGGUCACAAGUACCUCAUUCUCGACAUCCUCGGUCAGGGUACAUUCGGUCAGGUCGUCAAGUGCCAGGACAUGACAACGCACGAGAUUGUCGCCGUCAAGGUCAUCAAGAAUAAACCCGCCUACUUCCACCAGAGCAUGAUGGAGGUAACGGUGCUCGAGAUGCUUAACGGCAAUUGGGAUCCGAAUGACGAACACCACAUCUUGCGGCUCAAGGACACCUUUAUCCAUGCAAAGCAUCUCUGCUUGGUGCUGGAGCUGCUCUCGUCGAACCUGUACGAGCUGAUCAAACAAAACUCAUUCCAGGGUCUCAGCACAAGCUUGGUCCGAGUGUUUACCGCGCAGCUGCUGGAUGCAUUGACCGUACUGAACGAAGCACGUCUAAUCCAUUGCGAUCUGAAACCCGAGAACAUCUUGCUCAAGACACUGCAAACACCUUCGAUCAAGCUCGUCGACUUUGGCUCGGCAUGCCACGAAAAGCAAACCGUCUAUACCUAUAUCCAAUCACGCUUCUAUCGCUCUCCCGAGGUGUUGCUCGGUCUGCCCUACAGUUCAGCCAUCGACAUGUGGUCGUUGGGAUGCAUUGCAGUCGAGCUUUUUCUCGGCCUGCCGCUGUUCCCGGGUACAAGCGAAUACAACCAGAUCUGCCGAAUCGUCGAGAUGCUUGGCUUACCGCCACAAUGGAUGCUGGACAACGGCAAGCAGACGCAAGAGUUUUUUAGCGUCUACACGGACGAAUUCGGCCGCAAGAGCUACCGACUCAAGUCGCUCGAGCAGUACUCAAAGGAACACAACGUGCAAGAGCAGCCUUCGAAAAAGUACUUCAAGGCGACGACGUUGCCGGACAUUGUCAAGACGUAUCCCAUGUCUCGAAAAAGUGGCAAGUCGGCCGAUGUACACAAGGAAAUGGCCAACCGUAGCAGCUUCAUCGACUUUGUCACGGGUCUGCUCAACAUGAACCCGCACGAGCGAUGGACGCCGCAGCAGGCCAAGCUGCAUCCGUUCAUUACGGGCGAAAAGUUUGUCAAGCCGUUCCGACCCCCUCUUGUGCCCACGGCUGCUUCGAUUACGGCUACUCCGUCGUCAUCGAGGCCCAAGACGUCGGAUGCAUCCAAGCAUCCAUACGGAGGACUAGUACCGCAGCAAACUUCAUCUCGACCAUCGAACAAGACGUUCCAGGAUGCGGCUGCGUACAACCAGCAUUUGGCACAGCAGCAAGCAUAUCACUCGGCAGCAGCUCGUCAGCAGGCGCAACCCGUGCUCAACAACCCAUAUGCCCGAGAAGAGGCGGCCAACGCACAGGCUGCAGCGGAGGCCAAAGCGGUUGCCAAAGCACAGGCCGCUCAGCUGGCCCAAAUGCAGCAACAGCAGCAGCAGCAGCAGCAGCAGCAGCAGCAAUACAAUGCACGUCAUUCCAUGGCGGUGCCUCCUUCGGGCUACUAUGGAGGUGCCGAUGAUGCCAGCGGACAGAGAAGGUCGGACAACCGGCUGAGCAUGAUUCCGCCUCAACUGGCCAAGCUUGGGCUUGAUCCGAGCUUGGCUGCAGGGCAGAACAUGGCUGGCUUGGUGAAUCGAGACGAUCCGUUGCGAGAGUGGGAGCGAAGGCAGAACGGGCUUGCGCCUUUGUCAGCGGCCAACAUGAGCAGCAGUGGCAAGAAGCGGCAAAGUGCCAACUACCAGCAGCUGGAUGCGUUGCAGCAGCAAGCUGAGCUUGGUGGAGGUUGGGUCGGAGGGACUAGCAGCAGCAACAGCAGUGGUGGUGGUGGUGGUGGUGGAUGGGACCAGGCGAUGCUCGGAAAGACGGGAGCGAGUGGCUCGGGUAGCUUCUCUGUUGUUGUCGAUGGGUCUCAGGAGAGGUUGGGUGCAGGAAGCGGUAGCAAUUUGGCGGGUAUGACGGGGACAGGGAUUGCGGCUCCACCUGCAGCUUACUCUUCUGGAUCGGGGGCGGGGGCCAUGGGUCGAUACCAGACGUCGCCUGGUUUGGGGUACAUGAACGGCGCACCUACCGUGUCUGUCUCUCUUAGCAACGGUGGUGGUAACAUGAGUGCGUCCACCUUGCCAUUCGACAUCUACGAUGCGGGCAUGGCGAACUUGCUCCCACCAUCUCUGACCCCGGUUCGCAUUCAAGAUCGAGAUCAGCAUCUGCAUCUGCAUCAGCAGCAGCAGCAGCAGCAGCAACAGCAGCAGGCUCAGCAGCAACAGGCGUAUUUGCAACACCAGUACGCUGCGCUUCAAGCACGCGAUAAACAGUCACAACAGCAACAACGCAGAGACGGAAGUGGCACUGGCGGGUUCGGAGGGCUGUAA